UGGCAAAGGGGGCGGGACGUCCGUGUUCCUUGUCGCUUGCCGCAACGCCUGGCUACCGGGGAGGUUGUGAGGGAAACGACCUCUCGGGUCUCUGGCUUCCGAGGCUUGAGGUUUGUUGAAGGAAGGAGGUGGCAAGCGAGAAGAAUCCAUUGCAGCCGCGUCUUACUGACCUCCGCGCGACGUACCCGCCGGCGCUGUUAGUUGGAGCAUUUGACAUUGUGCAGCAAAGAAAUGGUUAUGGAGAAGCCCAGUCCGCUGCUUGUAGGGCGGGAAUUUGUGAGGCAAUAUUAUACUUUGCUGAAUAAAGCUCCAGAAUAUUUACACAGAUUUUAUGGCAGGAAUUCUUCCUAUGUUCAUGGUGGAGUAGAUGCUAGUGGAAAGCCCCAGGAAGCUGUUUAUGGCCAAAAUGAUAUACACCACAAAGUGUUGUCUCUGAACUUCAGUGAAUGUCAUACUAAAAUUCGUCAUGUGGAUGCUCAUGCAACCUUGAGUGAUGGAGUAGUUGUCCAGGUCAUGGGUUUGCUGUCUAACAAUGGACAGCCAGAGAGGAAGUUUAUGCAAACCUUUGUUCUGGCUCCUGAAGGAUCUGUUCCAAAUAAGUUUUACGUUCACAAUGAUAUGUUUCGUUAUGAAGAUGAAGUGUUUGGUGAUUCUGAACCAGAACUUGAUGAAGAAUCAGAAGAUGAAGUAGAAGAAGAACAAGAAGAAAGGCAGCCAUCUCCUGAACCUGUUCAAGAAAAUGCCAGCAGUGGUUACUAUGAAGCACACCCUGUGACUAAUGGCAUAGAGGAGCCUUUGGAAGAAUCCUCCCAUGAGCCUGAACCUGAGCCAGAAUCUGAAACAAAGGCUGAAGAGCUGAAACCUCAAGUGGAGGAGAAGAACUUAGAAGAAUUAGAGGAGAAGUCGACUUCUCCUCCUCCUGCAGAACCUGUUUCUCUGCCGCAAGAACCACCAAAGGCUUUCUCCUGGGCUUCAGUGACCAGUAAAAACCUGCCUCCUAGUGGUACUGUUUCUUCCUCUGGAAUUCCACCCCAUGUUAAAGCACCAGUCUCACAGCCAAGAGUUGAAGCUAAACCGGAAGUUCAGUCUCAGCCACCUCGCGUGCGUGAACAACGACCUAGAGAGCGACCUGGUUUCCCUCCUAGAGGACCAAGACCAGGCAGAGGAGAUACUGAACAGAAUGAAUCUGACAACCGUAGAAUAAUUCGCUAUCCAGAUAGUCAUCAACUUUUUGUUGGUAACUUGCCACAUGAUAUUGAUGAAAAUGAAUUGAAGGAAUUCUUCAUGAGUUUUGGAAACGUUGUGGAACUUCGCAUCAAUACCAAGGGUGUUGGGGGAAAGCUUCCAAAUUUUGGUUUUGUGGUUUUUGAUGACUCUGAACCAGUUCAGAGAAUCUUAAUUGCCAAACCAAUUAUGUUUCGAGGGGAAGUACGUUUAAAUGUGGAAGAGAAAAAAACAAGAGCUGCAAGAGAGCGAGAAACUAGAGGUGGUGGUGAUGAUCGCAGGGAUAUUAGGCGCAAUGAUCGAGGUCCUGGUGGUCCACGUGGAAUAGUUGGUGGUGGAAUGAUGCGUGACCGCGAUGGAAGAGGACCUCCUCCAAGAGGCGGCAUGGCACAGAAACUUGGCUCUGGAAGAGGAACUGGGCAAAUGGAAGGCCGCUUUACAGGACAACGUCGCUGAAGCUCCACUGUUGGCAGAGUUUUGGCAGUGGUACAUUAUUCAUCGUGUUUGCAUUCUUGUUAAUUUUUUUUUUUUGGCUUUGGAAUGUGACACAGCCUUUUUUGAUCAUUUCUUUGAUGUGAAAAGCAUCUUUUGGUUAUCAGUUAAAUUGAGGUGGACAUUAUUUCCCCAGUUUCACAGCAGGAUUCACACUUAAUUUAUAAAUCUAGACUUGGAGAAUUAAGGACUGAGAAAUGACCAUAUCUUAAACCAUCUACAACAAAAUGAACUUAAAAGGACAUGCCCAACUGAAUUCAGGUCCUUUGAGUCAAAAAAAAAAUCCUCUGCUGCACAUCUUGUUUAAGGACAUGCCCAACUGAAUUCAGGUCCUUUGAGUCAAAAAAAAAAUCCUCUGCUGCACAUCUUGUUUAAGUGUUACUGUUUCUGCCUAUUAAUUUUGGAAACACAAAUAGUGCAAUUUGUGCAAUUGGAGAAUCUUGCCUUUUUCUUGACUCCCCCCCAAAAUACAAACCAACAGAAACUUCUUAUGCACUCAUCAAAAUGCACUAAUGGGUACUUUGAACUCCUCAUUAACAUUGACAUCUGCAACAGGAGGCAACAGGGAAAACAAAUCUUCUUCUUUUCCAGUAGAGAAUAGUUUGUGAAAUGAUGAAAUGAUGAGGGCAUUUUAUCUGCUUGCUGUGACCAGCGUGUGUACACACAAACCUUAACAAGACUACAAGUGUAUUCCAGAAGGAAAUCAUUUAGUUAUGAACUAAAUACCACAAUUCAGAACUUCAAAUGCUAUGGUCUUGCAUAUUAGACCAGAUUUAGUAGCUCCAUAUCUCAGAUUUUUCUACCUGCCCCUCUUCAGUACAGGGAUGGCUGGCUGCUCAACACACUCCUCCUCCCCCUUUUUCCUUUCUUUAAGCUUUGUACAGUGAAAAUUGUCUUUACUGUAUUUUUGUUCUUUGGUAAUGUAAUAAGCAUGAUGGUGCCUUCUAUUAAUACAUCAUUCCAGUCUUGCUGGUAAUUUUGUACAGUAUAGUGUAUGAAUUGCUGUGCUGCAAAGCCAAACAGCUGCAAAAUGUUGAAAAAUCAUUGAAAUGUAUAAAAAUUGCAGUAUCUUUAAAAUCAGUAAAGUUGACUAGCAUAUUAUUUUCCCUUGUUCUUCAGUUAACAACUUUGUGUUCUCUGUGGGAGGGAGUCUUGUGUGUUUGGGAGGGAGAGGGAACAAGGAAGUCAGUUAUUUGAGUAAGUCUCUAUUUGACUUUUCUCUAAGCUGAGUGUGAAUGUAGAAGUGUAUCACUUGAGAGGUGCUUUGAAAAGUCAGUCAACUUGAUGUACAUUUUUAGUGACAUUUUAAAAGCGGUCAAAUUCCAUAAGUGGCAAGUAAACCUGAAGUGAGGAUACUGCAAUUUUCAGAGAAAAGAACAGCAGCUCUUAAGUGUUUGCAUUUUCUAUUUGGGGUGGGGGGCAGGGAACACAUUCAUUUUGCACAAUUCUUGAACUGAUGUCAGCACCCACGUGGUCCUGAAUUUUAAGUCUGGGACGACAUCUUUUAUUUUUACAUGAAUCUUUAAACAAUUCUGUGAGCAAAGUUUGUAGCUCUGGAUUAUUAUCUGUCUUUAUAUAGUAAGUUCCAAUAAACUGCAAGUAUGGCAAAGGAUAUCAAAUUUUAUUCUUGGAGCAUUCAGUACAUUACCAGUUUCUGAUGUUUCAGGUUAGGAGUCAGGUAAACAAGUGUGACCACUUAAAGCUGCUUGUUAGCAUGGAAGACUUCUCCAUUCAAUUUUAGUAAGAACAGAAAAUGCACUUGACGUAGUAGCAAAUUGAUUCCAAAUUAUGCAGCUGGUUGCAAAAAUGAUGCAUGUAUUUUGUUGUUCAUGUAUUAGGCGAAAGAAUAAAAAUUAAAUCUUUUAUCUCUUUUUUUUCUCCCUUGAAUGAGGUCUUCCAUGUUUGAGGAAAAGUCUUGCACUAUUGCAAAUAUUUUUGGGUACACAGAUUUCUCAUAGUUGCCGUUGGGGGGGGUGGGGAGUAAGGAUCCCCCUCCCCCCCCGCCGUUUGAAACAGUUGUAUGCUUUGUGUUGUUAGGUAUAAGUACUUGAAGUUCUUAGCAGAAAAAUUACUUUUUAAGGUUUGAAGUCUUUAUUCAAACUGCUUUUAAAUAAGUGGGUUUUUUCAGUGUUCUUUUUUUUUAAGUGUAUUUUCCCUCUACCCCCCCCCUCCCAUUUUAUAUAUAUACUUUCCAGUCUAGGAUACUGCCCUAUUCUGGCCCCAAAAGUAAUGACAAAUGUUAAGUGUAAUAGAAAAUUAAAUUAAGAAGCCAUUCAGCUUCAGUCUUUAUAUACCGUGAAUAAAACAUCAUAUGGAGAGGUUUACAUGGUGAUUGUUCACCUGCAGUACUGUGGACUUUGAACGUUUUGUCCCCUUUUUAGUGAAACAGUAAAAAUAUUCAUCUACCA